AUGCCGCCCCGGCGCUCCCACAAAAAGUCUCGCGCUGGAUGCCGCAGGUGCAAGGGCAGGAAGAUCAAGUGCGAUGAGAUGCACCCGCGAUGCGGCAACUGCGUCAAGCACGGCGUCUCGUGCGACUUCGACGGCCCCAUCGCCCCGGACGAGCCCGUCCCCGACACGCCCACGGCCGUCACGCCCGCAGCCGUCACGCCCACCGUCACCCUCGCCGUCUCCGAGGCGCCUUCGCCCCAGCAGCCAUCUCCUUCCCUCCAUGCUCCCCCGGCCACGCCACUUCUCCCUGUCGCCUCCGCCUCCGCCUCCCCGCGACAGGUUGACAGGUUCAUGGAGCUUCGGCUCCUACAUCACUUCACCACCAGCACCUCAAAGACUCUCUUUACCCGGCCCCCCUCGACCGAGGAUGUCUGGCAGCGCGCCGUCCCACAGAUGGCCUUUGAGGGCAGGCCCUAUCUGAUGGAUGCAAUCCUCUCCGUCGCCGCCCUGCACCUUCGCUUCCAGCACCCGCGCGAUGUGGCCCUCGCCCGGGCCUCCCAUGCCUACACGGCUUCUGCCCUGGCCGAGUACUGCGCCUCUCUCGAGCGCGGCAUCACCGCCCACAAUGCCGAGGCCCUCUUUCUCACGGCGUCCCUCAUCGCUUUUCAGUCGACCGCUUCGCGCAUCUUCGCCAAGGACGACGCCGAGCCUGACACGGGCAACGCGCACUCGACCAGUCGCUACGUCUUGCCCAUGCCCUGGUUCCAUGCCUUUCAGGGCGUCAAGACCGUCGUCGCCACCUCGUGGCAGUGGAUCCGCCACAGCGACAUUGUCAAGGCCGUCAUUGACUCUCAACCCAGCUUCCAGCUCGAUCUCAACCCUCUCGGUCCCAACUCCUUUUUUGGCCAUCUGCUCGACGGCCUGGAUGACGAGCUUGCUAACGAGCCCGCCCAGCGCGUUUCGGCAACCAGCCAGGGCUACUCGCACGCCGUCAGUGUCCUUAACUGGGCGCACAAAAACGCCCAUGCCCCCGCCGCCUUGGCCUUUCCCGCCAGCGUCUCACGCCGCUUCCUCGAAGUCGUCGAGGAGAAGCGGCCACGCGCACUCGCCAUUCUCGCCUGCUUCUUCGCUCUGCUCAAGCGCAUGGACAAUGUGUGGUGGCUCGACAAUGUGGCCCGCCGCGAGGUCACGGGCCUCGUCAGCAUGCUCGAGCCAGGCUCCCCCUGGUGGCGCCAUCUUGAGUGGCCGGUCCGCAUCUCGGUCUGGGACGGCAACGAGAUCCCCUCGGACGUCUGGGGUGCCGAGUGCGAAAGCCAGCCCCAGGGGGACAGGGGCCUCGCCGAGACCAUGAUGAGCCAUAUUGAGUUGCUGACGAGCCAGACUCGACCUCCCAAGAGCCCCUCCCUGCCCGGCGGCGGGGAGUUUGGCUUGGCUGUGGCACCUCUCGAUUGA